CCAACCCCCUUAAUUUGUUUGUUGUUCCCUCUCUCUCUCCCUCUCCCUCUCUCUCUCUCUCUCCACACACACACAUCUCUAUAGCUAGCUGCCUAGCCCAGCCUAGCCUUCGUCUUCUUUUAACCCUGCAUUCCUCUCCAGCCAGAACGGUCUUAGCUUUGCCGGCCUGUCACGGGGGUGGGGUAGUGCUAGAUAGUAUUUUGCAGAGGUGUGGUUGCAGAGAGAGGCGCCAUACAUAUAUAGCCGCCUCUCGCGAGGAGAGCGAUCGAGGAGGAUGACGUGGUGCAAUGGUUUCGACGACGUGCGCGCCGCCAUGGAGAGCAGCCUGUCCCCGGCUGGCGCCGUGGCCGCCGCGGGCAAGAAGGCGGCAGCGUCGCUCGCCGUCCUGGUCAAGAUGUGCCCGUCGUGCGGGCAUCGCGCGCAGUAUGAACAGGAGACCACCACAAUUCAGGACUUGCCGGGGCUGCCUGCCGGCGUGAAGUUCGAUCCGACGGACCAGGAGCUUCUGGAGCACUUGGAGGGGAAGGCGAGGCCGGAUUCCCGGAAGCUCCACCCCCUCGUCGACGAGUUCAUCCCCACCAUCGAGGGCGAGAACGGCAUCUGCUACACGCAUCCUGAGAGGCUUCCUGGUGUGAGCAAGGACGGGCUGGUCCGGCACUUCUUCCACCGGCCAUCGAAGGCGUACACAACGGGGACGAGGAAGCGGCGGAAGGUGCACAGCGAAGACGAGGACGGCGGCGAGACGCGGUGGCACAAGACCGGCAAGACGAGGCCGGUGAUGUCCAACGGCAGUCCCAGGGGUUACAAGAAGAUCCUGGUGCUCUACACCAACUACGGCAAGCAGCGCAAGCCCGAGAAGACCAACUGGGUGAUGCACCAGUACCACCUCGGCUCCGACGAGGAGGAGCGCGACGGCGAGCUCGUCGUCUCCAAGGUCUUCUUCCAGACACAGCCCAGGCAAUGCGGCUCCACGACGGCCAAGGAGGCCACCCUCGCCGCAACGGUAAACAACAACACCCGUGAAGCCGGCGGUGCACUUGCCGGCCAUCAUCAGGGUGGCAGCAUUCUCAGGGAAGCAAACGGCAUGGAGCUCUACAAUCCAGCAAUGGUAGGGUAUGGCCAAGGCGUCCCAAACAACAGGGACCCUGCUGCUGCUGCUGCUUACUUCAUGCCUAACUUUGCCCUGCAUGCAGGAAGGGCUAGCUUUGGCCCUUGAACCAAGAAUUCACGACAAAAAAUUUACAAUCCUACCAAAUUCACAGGUUAGGGAAUUAGGGGCGGACCAGGUCACUGGUGUAUUGUCCAUGGCCUGAAAACUACAGCACAGGUGGAAAGAUACAUGUUGGGACUGUAGGAAUGUCAUAUUCUUUGCACUCUAAUUUGACGUUCAUUUCCCAAUUGUUAAUUACUAUAUUUUGUUUAACCUUCUGUGGUUCCGUCA